AAAUCUUCCCUUGCCACACCAGAUGAUGAUGAUGUAAUGCUACGCCUUCCAACAGAGGUAUCAUCCACUUUUGCCAGCUAGCUGUAUCCAAAAUGAAGAAAGAUGGGCAAUGAAUUGUCAUCAUGGCGGGAGUGUUUGUCAGAGUGGUGGGAAGGAGGAAAGGAGGAGGAAGCAGAAAAGCCUCCAAAAGAUCUGAGACCACCCUUGUCCGAGGAAGAGAAGCAACGAUUGAUGGAAGAAUUGAAGGGACUGGCCGCCGAAUGUGGAUUUGAACACGUCCAUCAAGCGGAUAUUGCCAUUGGAGGCUUCUUGCAUGUACUACAAAAGAGUGAACACAUGGACGGAGAUACCGUUGCGUAUAUCGUCGAUUCCAUUCAAGGUGCCGAUGAUGCCAUCAAGCAGUACGUCGAGGUGGCCGUGGUACAGAAACUCACCAAGAAGUUUCUAAAUCCACUGAGACUGGUGAAGCUGACCAAGGCACUACUCAAAGUCUACAAGGCACAACGUUUUAUCAAACGAUUGAAACGACCCGACAAGGAUUGCAUGCAUACUGAAGAUGUUGUCCGAGUGCUCCAAAAGGUACGGGUACCACAAGAAGCCAUUGAACUGUUUUUGGGCGGAUUCAUUGCCUUUCUUGGGAUGAAUUUCAAUGUGCAAGUUGGGGAUAUCUUGUGUCUUGCAGAAGAACAGGAAGAAGGAGCUGGAGACGACACAGACACCAAAGAAGGAUUAGGUAUCGAGGAUGUCACGGAUGAAGCCACUGAAGAAGACGGUGGAAUGGAAGAAGAAGAGGCAAAAGACAACGAAAAGGAUGCAGACUUGGUUCCAGGUAAGGCAACAACAGAAAUGACCGAAGGAAGAGAUCAGGUAGGUAGAACAGGAAAUGGAACAAGGAGGCACAAUCGACAACAAACAAAAGGAGGAAUCAACAGAAACCACAGAAGGAAUGGAUGAGGCCAAUGUAGACAGACCAGAGGGCGCACCCCAGAAAGAAAGCACAACUGAACAAUAAGGAAAAUGGAGAGAUGAUACGCAGAAUUGGGUAAAGCAACAGAAACCAUGCAGCAGACUCUGAAAGAUGAGGAGAAAAAGGAAUGAAACCAUCCAUAUGCCCACCAGCUAAACUGUUGAUAGCCCAACUAUCAAACUUGCUGGGAAGGCUGUGGUUACUUCAUAACAUGACAUAGCAUUACAUAACAUUCAUUUAUUUAUUUAGUACAGAUAACCUAGCACGGCA